AGGAUUGCAAGAGCAUCGGUCUUAAUAGUGCGAGAGGUACUGUAUCAACUUAUAUGGGAAUCAUAAAUGUGAGUAUAACUGUAUACAAGCGUUACAACUUACGAGAAUCACUGUCUGGUGUCCGAAUUCAAAAGAGUGAUUAUCAAAACAUGCUUAAUAAAUCGCAUUAGAGUUCAGUCAUAGAUUCAGUCUUCGUUGAAUCUCUUCUCUCUACAAUGAUGCAGAGAUGGCCCAAGAAGAAAACCCAGUUUCCUCUCAUAGCACUGGUCUUCUUUGUCUUCAUAGGGUCUUCAAUCCUCUACAACGAACUUAAUAUUUCACAAAUUCAUCAAAACCAAACCCAUGAUGGUGAUGGUGGUGAUGAUGAUCAUAGUCAACCUUCGCUCAAGCAAACCUCCCUAUUCGAAUCUACAGCUCCUCUGAAUCAUAGCCUCCCAAAGAGACCUCCAGUGGUUUUGGAUAGAUUCAGUUCGUGCAGAUCCACUGUAAAGUACAGUGGUAAGAAAGCUGGAUGGGUUGUUGGUUCAUCGGAGUCUGAUAUCAGGAGAGGUAGUGCGGAAAAAUGUGACCUGUUUUCCGGCAGAUGGGUGUUUGAUAACACUUCUUAUCCACUCUAUAAUGAGUCUGAUUGUCCAUACAUGUCCGACCAAUUGGCUUGUCAUAAGCAUGGAAGGCCAGAUUUGGGGUACCAGUACUGGAGAUGGCAACCCCAUAAUUGCAAUUUGAAGAGAUGGAACGUGACUGAGAUGUGGGAGAAGUUGAGGGACAAAAGACUAAUGUUUGUAGGGGAUUCACUCAAUAGAGGACAGUGGAUCUCAAUGGUGUGUUUGAUGCAGUCUGUAAUACCGGCAGAUAAGAGGUCCAUGUCACCAAAUGCGCAUCUUACCAUUUUCAGAGCAGAGGAGUACAAUGCCACUGUGGAAUUCCUCUGGUCCCCACUUCUGGUUGAAUCUAAUUCUGAUGACCCAGUGAAUCACAGACUAGAUGAACGGAUCAUGCGUCCAGAUUCAGUUCAUAGGCAUGCAUCCCAAUGGGAGCAUGCUGAUAUCCUGGUUUUCAAUACAUAUCUGUGGUGGAGACAGGGGUCUGUCAAACUGUUAUGGAGUACUGAAGAGAAUGGGGUUUGUGAAGAAAUAGAUGGGUUAGGAGGCAUGGAGCUGGCCAUGGAGGCAUGGGCAAAUUGGGUGGCUUCUAGUGUCGAUCACCUGAAGAAGCAGGUUUUUUUCAUCACCAUGUCCCCUACACACCUCUGGAGCCGAGAGUGGGAGCCAGGAAGCGAAAGUAAUUGUUACGAUGAGAAAACCCCCAUCAAUGAUGAGAGCUAUUGGGGAAGUGGUUCUGACUUGCCUACAAUGCGCAUGGUGGAGAAGGUGUUGAGCAGGUUGAAAUCAAAGGUUUCUGUUCUCAACAUCACUCAGCUCUCAGAGUAUCGAAAAGAUGGCCAUCCAUCCAUCUACCGCAAGUUUUGGGAGACACUCAGCCCAGAAAAAUUAUCAAACCCCACGAGUUACUCUGAUUGUAUACAUUGGUGCUUGCCAGGUGUUCCUGAUGUAUGGAAUGAGUUACUAUUCCAAUUUUUAUAAAAGAGAAACUUUUGUUAGGUCUUAUGUAUUUCUCUGUUGUAACCACAGAGAAAAGGAGCCUAGUGUUUAGAAGAGCAUAUGCAUUGCAGCUUUUUUUUCAGUCAUAAUUUUGUUAACAUUUUUUUAUUAGUAAAUAUGCUUGUUUUAAAUGA